AAGUCAGCAGGCCACACCCCUCAUGCCAGUGUGUGGCAGGACGGCGACGGGACAGAGCGGGAGCGAGAGGCUGGCGCAGACCCCUGAGGCAGCCCACGUUGUUCCCCACUGCCCCAGCAGCCCCGCAGUGCUGAGACAUUUCUGGCAACCUUACUCGUUCCUCACCCCUAUCCUUUUGUCCGCCAAGGAUGGAGGAGGAACGCACUGCACACAUGCAGUUUAUCCAGACCUUCCUGCAGAGCUCAGUGAAGGAGGAGGCUCAGAAGGUGCAAUUCCUGCAGGCCGUCUCCAGCCUCUGCACAGCUGCCAGGGACCAGGGCUUCCUAGAGGAACUAAAGGAGUUCUGUGAGCAACAUCAGGUGGCAGAGAACAUCAAGGCGCUGCUGGAAGAGGAGCCCAUGGACCAUGUGCACACAGUGGUGCGGCAGCAAGCCAUGCUGACCCUCGCCCAGAUGAGCAAAGUGCAGAUGCUAUUGAAGCGCAAGAAGAAAAGCCUUUUAACAUCCUGUUUUAGGAAGGUCUUCUUGCUUCCCCCCAUCACUUCUAGGAAGGGCGAAGACAGCUUUCUCUACUUUCAGACCCUGGAUGCCAUGGACGUCCUGCUGGAGAGCUUCGUGCUCAGCUCCCCGGGCUCCAGGGAUCUGCGGAGAAUCUUGCAGAUGCUGCUGCCCUUCACUGACAUCGAGCACGCAGCUGUGUGUGAACGGGCCGUGGCAAGGAUCGCAAAGCUGGCCGAUUUGAUGGCCAGCUCUUCCUCAGUGCAGGUCUGGAGCUUGCGUGGACAUGGCGACAGCUCUUCCCACCAUGCCAGUACCGAUGACCGCUUCCUGGGACAGCUGCUGGGAUGUCUCAUUGUUUGCUGGACUAGCAGGAUCUGGGAGAUCCAGCAGGAGGCUUUGGUUGCUCUUCAUCACCUCUCCAGGUUCAUCCAGCAGCAAAAAUGUAAGAGAGGCUUUGUACUUUCUUGA